AUGUCCGCCUACCGCUCCCACGACCCGGUUUCGAAUCCUGCAGUUCUACAAGUUCAUCAGGGUAACCGACCCUUGGCCAACCCAGCCGUCCAUCCUUUCGAGGCUGAAAAUAUUUUUUUCGAUGCAAGGAAACGAAAGUUCUAUGAUUUUAUGAAAAAAUUCGUCUGUAGUCCAAGUACUUCGUCUACCCAAAUGAUAGAUUCAACAUCUGGUAGUUCUUCAACUGAUAUAUCAGAUGAGAAUGAGAUUCGCAUCAUAGAAACGCUACGUCGAUCUGGCAAAAAAUUUCAACAAAUGAGAGGUCAUUUGCAAAAUCUAGCUACCGCAUGCGAUAGAACUGAAAUUUCUGAUCGAUCUGAUGCAUUUAUUGUUAACGUUGCCUUGCUUGAUUCGAAUGUUAUUGGGACAGACGAUUCAUCAAAAGUAAUAGACAGAAGCAAAAUACGUCGAGAGCGAAAAAAAGUACGCAAACAUUUGCAAUAUGCUGAGGACAAUAAAAUUAUUACAGCUAUUUAUUUCGACGAUCGUAAAGACAAGACUUUAGUCAUGACUACUAGAACAAUACAGCACAUCAAAAAACUAUUACUGAGGAGCAUAUUUCUCUCUUGUCAGAGCCAGAUUCUGAAUACAUCGGUCAUCUCUCUAUUGAUUCUGGAAAAGCAAAUACGAUUGAAAAAGCAUUGUUGA